AUGGCAGGUGGUGUAACUGUAAAGGACGUUAACCCUCAUGACUUCGUUAAAGCCUAUGCUGCUUAUUUGAAGCGUACUGGUAAAUUAGAAGUACCAAAAUGGGUCGACCUUGUAAAAACUGGACCAUAUAAAGAAUUAGCACCCUAUGAUCCAGAUUGGUUUUAUGUCAGAGCUGCCGCUGUUGCAAGGCACGUUUACCUUCGUAAUGGAGUCGGAAUCGGUGCAUUGAAAAAAAUCCACGGUGGUCGCAAAAGGAGAGGAACUCGUCCCUCCCAUCAUUCCAAAUCAUCUGGAUCCGUUGCUCGUAAAGUUCUCCAAGCCUUAGAAAAGAUCAAUGUUUUGGAGAAAGACCCUAAAAAAGGUGGACGUAGAAUCACUCAAGAUGGGCGACGUGAUCUUGAUCGUAUAGCUCAAGCAUGUCUCACGGUAUCAGAAGAAGCUUAA